AGUUCAGAGGUGCCCAGGCUCAAGUCCAGCAAGGCGUCAACCCACCCACACCAGCUCCCACACACUGAACCAGGUGCCCAGCCAGCAUGGCCCAGGCCCUGGGACCGGACUUGCUUGUUGAUGAAGGCGCGGAUGGGAGGCCCCAGUGGGACAACAAGUUCCAGUACCUUCUGAGCUGCUUGGGCUUCGCUGUGGGGCUGGGCAACAUCUGGAGGUUCCCAUACCUGUGCCAGACCUACGGGGGAGGUGCCUUCCUCAUCCCCUACCUUGUCGCCCUGGUCUUUGAGGGAAUCCCACUCUUCCACAUCGAACUCGCCAUCGGCCAGCGCCUGCGGAGGGGGAGCAUUGGGGUGUGGACGGCCAUCUCCCCGUACCUGGGUGGAGUAGGCCUGGGCUGCUUCACCGUGUCCUUCCUGGUCAGCCUGUACUACAACACCGUGCUGGUGUGGGUGCUGUGGUACUUCCUCAACUCCUUCCAGCAGCCACUGCCCUGGGGUACCUGCCCACCCAACCUCAACAGGACAGGGCUGGUGGAAGAGUGCCAGAGCAGCGGCACUGUGAGCUACUUCUGGUACCGGCAGACACUGAACAUCACUGCUGACAUCGACCACAGCGGCGCUGUGCAGUGGCGGCUGCUCCUGUGCCAGGCGGCCAGCUGGGCAGUCGUAUACCUGUGUGUCAGCAGAGGCAUCGAGACCACAGGCAAGGCGAUCUACUUCACCGCCUUGUUUCCAUAUCUGGUCCUGACCAUCUUCCUCGUCAGAGGCCUGACCUUGCCUGGGGCGACAGAAGGCCUGAUCUACCUGUUCACUCCCGAUGUGCAAAUUCUCCUGAACCCCCGGGUGUGGCUGGAUGCAGCCACACAGAUCUUCUUCUCUCUGUCUCUGGCCUUUGGAGGACACAUUGCUUUUGCAAGCUACAACCCGCCCAGGAACAACUGCAGGCGGGAUGCUGUGAUCAUCGCCCUGGUCAACAGCCUGACCUCCCUGUACGCGUCCAUCACCAUCUUCGCCAUCAUGGGCUUCAAGGCGACCAAUGACCACGGGCAGUGCCUGGACAGGAACAUCCUCAGCCUCAUCAAUGAGUUCAACCUCCCGGAGCUAAGCAUCUCCAGGGAUAACUACCCGGCUGCACUGCUGCAUCUCAACACCACCCAGCCAGGAAGGAUAGCCCAGUUGCCCCUGAGAGCCUGCAGCCUCCAGGACUUCCUGGACCAGGGAACCUCGGGCCCUGGCCUGGCCUUCAUCGUCUUCACAGAGGCUGUGCUGCACAUGCCGGGGGCCCCUGUGUGGGCUGUGCUCUUCUUUGGGAUGCUCUUCAGCCUGGGGCUGUCUUCCAUGUUUGGGAACAUGGAGAGUGUCAUCACGCCACUCCUAGACAUGGGCAUCUUCCCUCAGUGGGUCCCCAAGGAGGUCAUAACUGGGCUAGCCUGCCUUGUCUGCUUCCUCUCGGCUACCUGCUUCACAUUGCAGUCUGGAAGCUACUGGCUUGAGGUCUUUGACAACUUUGCAGCAUCCCUGAACCUGGUCAUCUUUGCCUUCCUGGAGGUGGUUGGGGUCGUCUAUGUGUAUGGCAUGAAACGGUUCUGUGCUGACAUUGAGUGGAUGACUGGGCGGUGGCCCAACCUCUACUGGAGAGUGUCGUGGUGGGUGGUGAGCCCCCUGCUGCUUCUGGGCAUCCUCCUAUCCUACAUUGUCCUGCUGACCCACAGAUCACCCAGCUACAAGGCCUGGAAUCCCCAAUAUGAGCUGUUCCCUUCUCAGGAGGAGAAGAUCUACCCUCACUGGGUUCAGGCUGUCUGCCUGCUCCUGUCCUUCCUGCCCCUUCUGUGGCUCCCAGCAUCCGCACUGGCUCAGCUACUGGCCCGACGCAGGAGGGAGAACACGCAGCUGGAUACUGCCUUGAAGCUGCAGGACAGCAGUGGCUGCUGAGGGGCCAGGACCCAAGCAGCUGGGGUGGGGAUGGGGACUGCCCAGCCUGUAGCCAUUCAAACCCAACCUCAUUACAUGCUCUGCACUGAG